AUGGGUGAUAAGCGCAAACUCGUGCAGGAUGAGGUCGUCGAGCCCGAGGGCAAGAAGAUGAAGAAGGAGAAGAAGGACAAAAAAGACAAGAAGGAAAAGAAGGAAAAGCGCAAGUCGCAAGAGGAGUCCGAGGUUGUCGCUCCCGCUGAAACUGCUGUUCCGGCACAGGAAGAGGUGAAGGAGAAGAAAGAAAAGAAGGACAAGAAGGACAAAUCUGAGAAGAAAGAUAAGUCUGAGAAGAAGGACAAGUCUGACAAGAAGGAGAAGUCCGAUAAGAAGGAAAAGUCCGAGAAGAAGGAGAAGCGCAAGGCCGAGGAGACCGACGCCGAGCCUGCUGCUCCCUCCGAGGACGCUAUGGAUAUUGACGUGAUCCCCGCCGAGAAGGCGGACAGCGAUAAGAAGGAGAAGAAAGACAAGAAGAAGGACAAGAAGGAGAAAAAGCAGAAGAAGGAGAAGACCGAGCCCGCUGCUGAGACCGAAGAAGAGCCUACCGCUGAAUCUGCGGAGGGCGAGCAAGCCCAGAAGAGUUCCCGCUUCAUCUGCUUUGUCGGCAACCUUCCCUACUCCGCCAACCAUGAGUCCUUGAGCAAGCACUUUGAAAAGAACCCCCCGGCCACAAUCCGCGUCGCAACCAAGAAAGAAGACCCCAAGAAGUGCCGCGGUUUCGCAUUCAUCGAGUUUGACAACUACGACCGCAUGAAGACCUGUCUCAAGUUGUACCACCACUCCAACUUCGACGACGGAAAGUACCCACCCCGACGCAUGAACGUCGAGUUGACUGCUGGUGGCGGCGGCGCCAAGUCCGAACAUCGCAAUGCCAAGAUCCAGGCCAAGAACGAGAAGCUCAAUGAGGAGCGCCAGCGCCAGGCUAAGGAUAUCCAGAAGGACAAGAGGAAGCACGAGAAGAAGGCUGCCCCGGCUGGCGGCUCUGGUGCCAAUGCUGCUAACCUGGAUGGCGCAGCCGACAACGCUGGCAGCGCUGUCAACGAUCAGUGGGCUGGUCUGCACCCUAGCCGCAGAGGCCGGAUGUAG